GCUUCAACAGAAAGACUAAGUCAGAGACUAACACUGAGGACACAGCAUUGUUGAAACUGUUUAAAGGCAGAACACCCUCCAUCUGCAAUACAAUCUCAAGGAUUCAGGAUGUUGUAGUUGCCGAUUAUAGAUAUUUCCUGAAUGGAUUUGAUGUCUUUAUAGCGAAUGAUGGACAACUCGAUUAAUACCUCAAACUGACUGGAAUUGACUCCCAACCAUGCGUACAGGUGAAAAUGACAUGCCCAAACUGACCUCUUGACUUGACCUCUGAUAGGUCAGGGCUCAGAUUGGAAUACCCCCAAAAAUACAGACCAGUCUAAACCCCUCAACAUGUCUUUCCCGGAGCACUUCACGUCCCCCUUACCCCCCAGACCAGAGGCCAAACCCCGGACCCCCAUCUCUAGAAAAAUGCCUUCCUCCAAUGGAGCCCCCUCCACCCCCUCCCAGCUCGGAGAGAUGGGCAGCACAGACCACAAUUCGGGGGGGAAAGUCAACAGCAUUGUGAGUAAGUUCAGCCACCCAGAGACUACACCAACCACCAGUGGAGAUGCUAAACUAACCACCAAUCCAACUCUCCGGACCCGGGGGCCCAGGAGGGCCCCCACAGUCAAACCCAAACCGACCCGGCACUCUGUCCAGCAGUCUGGGGGUCCAGACCAGGCUCCUCCACUGCCCAUGAAUAGGAGCCGGAUCCUGCGGCAGGCCAAAAGAGAGACCCCUGGAGGAGAGGAGGGAAAUGGCAUCACAGUCAGUCGAUCAGCACCUGGCGGAAAGGAGGUAGAGCGACAGCUGAUUGGAGGAGUGGAAGCAGAGGCGGAGCACGGUUCAGACACGCCCCUUAACCCAUGCUUCGACUGGGAAUGCAGCUGUGUUUGCCACGUCCACAUGCCCGGCAUGAAGCUGGUAUGGGUGCCCAUCGAUGAGGAAGAGAAAGAAGAUGAAAAGGAGGAGGAGGUUAAGCUGGAAAGGGAGGAGAGAGAGUGGAGGGAGGGGACCUCCUUGGCCAUAAAACGCCCCCCCACCCCCCCUAAACAGACCCAAUCUUUCCCAAGCCAUUUUAAAGCUUCCAUAGAGGAGGAGGAAGAGUCUAUAUAUGAAACUACUCUACUAAUGGUGGAUCCAACACCUAGAAAGAUCUGUCAUGAACUGGACAUUCCCCUUAUCAAGGUUCAGAAACCUGUCCAUUGGUCAAAACUGUCCUCGGAGGACAACACUUCGGUCCAGUCCAAUUCGGACCCAUCCCAAACCCAGACUACUGAGGAUGCCUCCGUGGCUAUCCCACCUCGGGUAUCUCUCGCCCAGGACAAGUCCAAAACACCCGGCCACAACCUCAUGCCCAUUCCCAGGGGGGGUAUCGCCUUGCCCCAGCCCACCGCGGAGGAAUGGUGCUCCCUGCGCCCCUCACCCCCCAAUCCUUCCGCCAGUCCCAUAGUACUCCACCGGGCGGGCAACAGAGUCCCUCCACCUCAGCCCCCCAAGACAGGCAUCUCCGUCCAUUCCGUCAAGCAAGCUAUAAAAGAACACGAGGAGGAUGGAAGCGCUGAAGGAGAGGAGAAGGACACAGAAGAAGACAGUGCCCCUCUCAGGACAGGAUGCUUUAUUGGCUGGGAGUCCAGACAGCUGGAUGUGCCUCUGUACCAGACGUACCGUGCUACCGUCAUCCACAAGGAGAUCCGGCGCCAGACGGUGUGCCGCAACACCAGCAAGGCCAGUGCUGACUACCACAUGGACUGGCCUGCACGCCGGGGUGGAGUGGGCAUGGGGGCGGCCGGCGUGGGGGCGGUGGGCAAUGGCAAUGGGGCACCCAGUGCCACUAUUCCGUUGCCCACCCUGGGCCAGAGCACCCUUUGGCAGGACCGACCAGAAGUACGGAAAAGUGGGGUGCUGGAGACCCUCAGCCCUGCACAGUGCAAGUACCAGGAGAGUAUGUUUGAGGUGUUGACUUCGGAAGCGUCGUACGUGCGUUCCCUACGCGUUCUCAAUGAACACUUCCUGGAAUCCCGGGAGCUGGAGGAGGUGCUGAUCAUCCGGGACAGGAAGACUCUCUUCUCCAAUGUCCUGCGAGUCCUGGAGGUCAGCGAGAGUUUUCUGAUGGCCCUAGAGAACCGUAAGCAAGAGAGUCUGGUGUUCUCCGACAUCUGUGACAUCAUCCAUUUCCAUGCUCAGCACAACUUCCCGGUCUACAUCGACUACGUGCGCAACCAAAUCUACCAGGAUAAGACUUACACCUCCCUCAUGAAAACCAAUGUGGACUUUGCCACGGUCAUCACCCGUCUGCAGGAGUCUCCUCAGUGCCAGAGGCUGCCAUUCAUAUCCUUCCUGCUGCUGCCCUUCCAGCGAAUCACACGCAUCAAGAUACUCACCGAGAACAUCCUGAAGAGAACACAUUUGGGGACGAAAGAAGAGCAGACUGCCUCCAACGCCUUGGACUCUGUUUCUAAGAUCAUAGAGGAGUGCAACACCCAGGUGGGAAAGAUGAAACAGGUGGAAGAGCUGAUCCACCUCUCCAAGACGCUGGAGUUUGACAAGCUCAAGGCCAUCCCCAUCAUUUCCCAAACCCGUGUCUUGGAGAAGCGUGGGGAGUUACAGGAGAUGGCCAAAGGGAGCACCCUUUUCAACCUGGGUUACAAGUUCACCCCCGUCUACCUCUUCCUCUUCAACGACCUGCUCAUCAUCGCCACCAAGAAGGGUUCGGAGCGUUUCGUGGUGUUGGACCACGCCCACCGCACCCUGGUCCAGGUUCAGCCAAUAGGAGACGACCAGGUCUCCAACCCUAGCUAUGAACACUGCUUCUGUCUGACUCUACUGGAGAACCACCAGGGACGCAUGAUGGAGAGACUGAUGAAGGCCCCUUCACAGUCUGACCUGCACCGGUGGAUAGCAGCGUUCCCUGACCCCAUGAAACCUGAUGGGGACAAGGAGGAGGUUGUCUAUGAGGACUGGGACUGUCCUCAGGUGCAGUGUGUGGAGCAGUAUGUUGCUCAGCAGGCUGAUGAGCUCAACCUAGAAGCCACUGAGAUCAUCAACGUGGUGCGCAAGACCAACGAGGGUUGGUACGAGGGGAUCCGUCUCUCCAACGGACAGAAGGGUUGGUUUCCUGUGGAGAACGCUGUAGAGAUCACCAACGAGCAUGUGAGGCGGCGGAACCUUCGAGAACGCUAUCGGGUCAUUCAGGCCGCCAGCAUUGUCACCAACAACAUGACCAAGACUACCCCGUAAUGUUGGCGGGAACAUCAGGAGAACAUCGACAGACACUCCGCAGAAUGUCAGUCGAAACGUUUACAUAACGUCACUAGAACGUUGCUGGAAUAUUAAACUGGAUAGGGGAGAGUGAACCAGUGCUUGCUAUGCAUACUCCCCUGAAGAACUCUUAGCUGGAGACCUAAGGAGCAUUUGGAGGAGCUCGAUCUUAUCAAAUUGUUUGAUUGGCAUGUUUUGUUUUGUUCAAAUGAGUCAUUUGAUGAAGUUAUGGGAUAGGGUUUCUUUAGGGAACUUUUAAGAACCAGGAAAUGAUAUGUAGUCUUACAGGAGGAAAAAAGGAUGAGAAACUUCUUCUGAACCUAGUAUACCUAUCCCUGUAAAGUGUGUGUGUGUGUGUGUGUGUGUGUGUGUGUGUGUGUGUGUGUGUGUGUGUGUGUGUGUGUGUGUGUGUGUGUGUGUGUGUGUGUGUG